GCCACCGCCCGGGAAACCCAUUCGGCCGUCUGAUCGUGUACGCCGCGUUUGCCAUUUUUCGUCACGUUCGCACGUAGUUCGUCUUCACACCGAAGUGACCGAAAUCGUUUUUCGCGCGAUUUCUCAGCGAUACGUAUUGUAUUGUAUUGUAUUGUAUUAUUAUUAUUAUGAUUAUUAUGUGAUAUUGAUCGGAAUCCAAACCGAUGUCGUGGGUAAUAAUAUUAUUAUUCCGCCGUGUGCGUAGAUAAUUAAAUAUAAUUUAAUUAAAAAAAAAAAAUAUGUAGGGACACGAGAAAGCUGCAACGGUUUUCAUUAGAACGAUGACCGAUAACGUUUAAUAAUAAAUUAUCUGUGGGUGCAUCGUGUUGUCGAUGUCGUUCGACGAGUCCGUCGCCAACCACCAAGUAACAUUGUAUGUUUUACGAAUACCGAUUUCCAACUAAAAAAUGUCGUUGCUCGAAGUCAAUUUCACCUAGGCACAGAGUCGUAUUCGAUAGAACAAUUUUAUAUUCAUUGCAGAGUCUCAUGACGUAGAAGACUUAAAAUCCAAAAAUUUGCACACCAAGUCUUCAGCAUAAAGCAGUUAUUGAAUAAUUUAUUGGCGAGAACGUCCAACGGUGAACAGUAAACACAACAGCAACAUCAACACCAACAACAAAAAUAGUGAAAGUGUCGUCGUGUCGCCGCGGAACGGACGAUGAUCGACGGCGGCGGAGGAGAAGAACAGACGGACAACGGGGGCGGCGACGGCGGCGCCGGCGUCGGUGGACGUGACGCAGCCGUCAAUUACAAGACAAGAAAGCGGCCGGCGGACGCCGUGGCCACGGCGGUGUACACGAUAACCGGCAGCGACGGGAACCAGCUCCAAGACGUGCCGCCGCCGUGGUCGUCACAGUGCGCGUGCUGUCCGCCGUCCGUGGAUUGCACGGUCGUGCUGCAAGGAAGCGGGCCGCAGAGGCGCAGGCCGCGGACGUGGACGUGCGGCGGUGCGGCGGUCGGCGGCGGCACGGGCGUCGUGUCGAGUCUAACCAGGAGCAGGACGUUCACGAGCAACUACGAACGGGCCAUAUCGUCGCUGUUGUGGCAGCCGUACGAGUGCCGAUCGUCAAGCAACUCGCUGAACGACGACGGCGACGUGGCCGUCUGGCUCAGCGCCACCGGCCGGUACGAACCGCUGUCUAGCCGGUCGUCGCUCAGCCUGUCCACCAUACCCAGGUCGGCCGGCUCGUGUUCAUCGUCGGUGUGCCGUCUGCUGGACGACGGCGGUGACAAAACGCCUCCACCGCCGUGCUGGUGUAGCGCGGAAACCGAGGCCGUCCUCGGUGACCCACAUAACAACGACGUUAUGGCGCGGACGACAACCGGUUACCGCUGUCCGCCGCGUGGAUCGCUGUCUCAGCGCCGAGGCACCGCUGCCGCCGCCGCAGCCGUCGAAGGGGGGCGGCCGGUGUUGCGUUCGCGUCCCGACGCAGACGUUCAGUUAAGCGUACAGCGUCCGACCUCGCGUAUCGUGCCGUCGCGUUGUGUCAGUGCGGGUGAUUGGUGUUGUGAUAACGGAGACGUCGACGUCGACGACGACGACGACGACGACGAGGAGGAUUACUAUUGCGUUUACGAGCACGAAAACCCCCGCGGAGUGAAUAACGACGUCGACGUUAACGAUGAUAACCGAGUGCGCGCCGUAGUGCCGAUGGACAACGGGAGCGGUUUGAUAACCGGCGGCGGGGUCGUCGGAGCGACGGCGGACGGUGGUAAGCCUCAGGCGGCGGCCGCCGAGAGGACUUACGCGUCCACGGAAGCGCAAACGGACGAGACGGCGUGCUCGUCCGCGUACAGGGAACAGCGGCGGCGGGAACGCCGGGAACGCCGGCUCCAACAGCAACGACGAGUCCAUCCGCCGCCGCCGCCUCCGCCCGCGCUUUCGUCGUCGUCGCUGCUGCCGCCGCCGCCGCCGACGCUUCUGUUGCAGCAGCAGCAGCAGCCCGCGAUCGCCGUACCUGUCGACCAGGACAGGCUGCCCGACCUGUUGCUCAACUCGCACCUACCGCCGCCGCUGUACACCACCGUCGGCGGCGGCGUGUGCGACGUCGCCAUGGCCACCCGGGCGGCCAACUUGCAGGCGUCCCUGUUGCCCGCCCCGUUCCAACACCCCCAUCAGCCGCCCGGGGCGCCCGUCGGCUCCGCAAACUCGGCCGUCAACUCGCCCGGCGGAUUUCGCCUGCCGUUCGGCAUCAUACCGGCCAGGAGACGAAGGUCGUUACACUAUUGCAGCGAAGAAGACACACCCAAAUCGUGCUGUGGUCUAUUGACGUUACCAGACGCCACCAGUACGGUAUCCAUCAGGUGGUUCAUUGGUAUCGUGUUCAUAGCUGGAAUUUGUUCGGCGCUCGUGGGUACAGUCUUGGGUGCUACCAGAGCUUCCGGCAGAGAACAUCUCACGGUCGCCUUACUUAUGAUAGGUGUCGGUGUCAUUCUAGUGGCCAUCAGUGGUAUAGCGUGGCGCUUGACGGCUGGCCAAGAAGCGUCAUCGUGCGGAGCGGUGUUCGGGCUGGGCCGAUCGUUGGACGACGCAGCCGAAGCCAACCGGCGGUUCGUGCCCCGACUGCCACCGUCCUACGGCCGUCCACAUCAUCCUUACGCCGCUAUGAUGUAUCCCGAGUUCGAGUACAGAGCUCCGCCGCCAUCCUACCAGGCGUCCAUGCAAGAGUACCGACUGAGGUUGUUGUUGUUGGACCGACAGACGAACAUGCCGCCCGUCACGGCAUCGCCGCCACCGACGUAUAGGUCGCAACCCGGCACGCUGAUAAGAGGGCAAAACGUCUGUUGUCGCGGCGAUUCCGGCGAACUGUACCUGUACCAGCCAUCGACACUGCAGAUCAACCACCAUCAGGCCGCAGACUACAGCGGGCCGCCCAGUUACCGGUCGCGAUCCAGCACGCUGCGGCCCGGCUGCCACCUGAUGAUGGACCCGACGGCCGGAGCGGUAGUCAUCGGCUCGACGACGGUUGGCAGCCACCACAGCCGCAACUCGUCGCAACUGAGCGGGGCCAUGUCUGAGGCAGUGGGCGGCGGCGUGUUGACCAACACCGCGGUGGACAACAAGGUGCCGCCGCCGCCGAACACCGACGACGACGACGGCGGCAGUGGCCACGUCGGAAUCGUGGUCGGCAGUACGGUCGACGACAACGUGCGCAACAUCGCGGUCGUCGUGGACGAAAAGACCGCGGACCGCCAUCACAUCGGUUGUGGUCCAGUCACCAUCGUGCAGACGACGCCGGCCGCCAACCCGCCGGGCACGGUUAUCGUGACCGUAUCCAGCGCCAACAACGACACCACUAACGUCCGGUGCCGGGACACCGAAAUGGAAAUCCUGGCGCAUCUGUGAAACGGACGUCCGGAUGGCGAUCGAACGGAAACGGCAUAACGUUUUCGGUUUUUCUUCUCAACACUACGCGCAUUUUUCGCAAUUGGUACAACACGGAUAAUAUUUAUUUUAUAGUUCGUAUAGUAAUAGCUAUAUUACUAUCACUAUUUAAGUCGAACCGUUUGCACGCGUCUUAUCCGAUAUUUUUAUAAAUUACAUAUUAUUUUGUUUUUAUUAUUAUUGUAUUUUAUCGAAUUAUAUAUAUUCGAGCCAUGUAUAUUAAUAAAAAAUUAUCGUGACUCUUUUUUGCCGCUGUCCUCGCAAAGAAAUAUAAUAACAUUGGUAUAGAAAAAAAAACGAUUCGCUUCGUGACUACCCCCAAAACUUGAACGCCCAAACAAUUCUAAUAGUAAUUUAUUAUGUACGUUCGGGUGCACAAACCCGUCUAGUUUUCACAUUAGCGUUUUCGAAAAUUACCAAUAAAACUCAGCGUUUAUACAUUAUAUAACAUAUAUAUGUAUAUUAUUUUUAAUUACUUCAAAGUAAUCAACACAAAUUAGUGUAGAAAAUUUGUACAGAAAAUUCAUUACUCCUAACCGUUAGCCGUAUUUUCGUUAUAACGAUAAUAGUAUAAAUAAAACACAUUUAAAGAAUUUAUUAAAACACUCGACCACCGUUUUUUUUUCAUAGAUACCAUCUGUUCGUGUAUGGUAAUAAAUAAUAAUACACUUAUUUAUUAUUAUGCAUUUAAUAUUUUAUUUUCUUAUCGACGAUGACUGAUAAGUUAUCGGACAUUCCACUUUCGUAUAUAUUAGUAAAUAUUGUAAUAAUGUCUCAUCUUGUGAGUGUGUUCCGUAAUAUUAUUAUCAUUCGUUUUAAGCGUUUUAUCAAAUAUCGAUGUCAUUAUAAUAGUAGCUCUUAAGGGUAUCAAGGGCUAUCGUCUAUUACACCAUGAUUUUGUUCGAUUGUGAUUGUUAAUACUGCAGUUGCGAAGUGUUUCGUUUUUCGGUCCCAAACAGUCACAACCUUAUAAAAUAUUAUUUUAUCAUAAAUAUUGAUAUCACGGCAUCAUCGACGUUAAUGAGUUUUUUCAAUGAAAUGGACUUACAAACUAAACAAUUAUAUUAUAUUUUCUUUUAAUCGUUUAGCUCAAAUCGUUUUGGUCCGUUUUUAAUAUAAUAGUUAAUAGGAAUUUUUAUUGUAACCGACAUGAUAUUUACACAUUUUAUGUAUUUUUUAGUUACUACUCAAUAACGAGUGUGACUAAAUUAUUUACAAAACCACAUUAUUGUCAACAAGAAUAUUGUGUUUUAUGACUAUUAUUAUUUUAUUUUAAUUUUUUUUUUGUAUACAGUUACCUCAUAAAUAAUUAAAACUAUAUUUUAUAAAUACUAUUAUUGUUUGUAGCUGUAAUAUUGUAAAUAGUUAUUAUUUAUUGGUGUUCAUCAUAUCAAAAAACAAAUCAGCUAUGCUCCAAAGUAUAAUAAUAUGCAAGCCGUACAAGUGGACUUUAGUUUAUAAUAAUAAAAAAUAAAUAAAGAGUUCAGAAAUAACUGAUUAAUGUGUAUUUUGCUGCAACCUUAGAUACUUGAAUAGACUUUUAUGAACUGUUGUUAAAUUAUUGCAUUAUAAGUAUUGUUAAGUAAUAUGUCAUGUUUUUGUUAACCAUAUUCAUAGUAUUAAGGACUUGUGAAGAUAUUGGAUGUGAUGUAGGCACUCUAAGUUAUUUUUAAAAGAGUAUACAUAAUAUGUAAUGAUUUAUGUGUAUAUGGUAUGAAAUUGUACAAAAUUAUUGUGAUUAAAAUGUAUGUAUAAAAAGUUUAAUAAAACGACAAUAUACAAUCA